GCCACUCAAUGGGGAAAACAGAGGGGCUCGAGGAAACGGUCGAGGAAGAAGUCACUGCGCAACAAUGAGGCUGGACAAAAUCUCAAAGUGAAAGAUAAAUAAGGGAAAGUAGGUUUUACAAUCCACAACGUGGUAGUUUACAUUUUUUUCGAAACGCAGUGGCCAUUGGAAACGUUGCUGUGCAGCGCAAUGGCUGCCCAGUGCGACUCUCUGAGCGGAUACUUGCAACAGUCGGACCAGGGCUCAAAUAGCGAGUGUAGUAUUGACUCCCCGGUCCCCGGCUCCGAGGAUGACUUGAGCGGACCCCAUGCCUUACCAGACCCGGAGUGGACGGAGGAGAGAUUUCGAGUGGACCGCAAGAAACUGGAAAUCAUGUUAUUAGCGGCCGCUGGGGGACGGGUCAAUGGUGGCGAGGAUUUCUUUCAGAAGGUCAUGGAUGAAACCAAAACACAGAUAGCGUGGCCUUCCAAAUUGAAGAUCGGAGCCAAGUCCAAAAAAGAUCCGCACAUUAAGGUUUGUGGAAAGAGAGACAAUGUGAGGGAAGCCAAAGACCGAAUCAUGUCAGUCCUCGACACAAAGCAGACUAACAGGGUAACCCUUAAGAUGGACGUGUCCCACACAGAGCACUCCCACGUCAUCGGCAAGGGAGGCAACAACAUCAAGAAGGUGAUGGAGGACACGGGUUGCCACAUCCACUUCCCCGACUCCAACCGCAACAAUCAGGCGGAGAAGAGCAACCAGGUGUCCAUUGCAGGUCAGCCAGGAGGGGUAGAGGCAGCUCGCGCCAAAAUCAGGGAGCUGCUCCCUCUAGUUUUGUCGUUUGAGUUGCCGGCCAUCGUGCAGCCUGACCCAGGCUCCCCCACAGUGCAGCACAUCUCCCAGACCUACAACCUAACCGUAUCCUUCAAGCCCCCCACACGUCUCUACGGGACCACCGGAGUGGUCCGCGGCUCCCAGAACAACUCUAGUGCCGUCAAGAGGGGCACUGCCAUGCUGCUGGAGCACCUGGCGGGAAGCCUUGCCAGUGCCAUCUCAGUCAGUACCCACCUGGACAUCGCCCCUCAGCACCACCUCUUCAUGAUGGGCCGUAACGGCAGCAACAUCAAACACAUCACCCAGAGAACAGGAGCCCAGAUCCACUUCCCUGACCCUAACAGCCCCCAGAAGAAAUCUACUGUCUACAUCCAGGGCACCAUCGAGUCUGUCUGCCUGGCGCGCCAGUACCUCAUGGGCUGCCUGCCCCUGGUACUGAUGUUUGACAUUAAAGAGGACAUUGAGGUGGAGCCCCAGUGUAUCACAGCUCUGAUGGAGCAGCUGGAUGUCUUCAUCAGCAUCAAGCCCAAACCAAAGCAGCCCAGCAAGUCUGUGAUAGUAAAGAGUGUGGAGCGGAAUGCAGUGAACAUGUACGAGGCCCGGAAGUUUCUGUUGGGUCUGGAGAGCAACGGGGUGUCAUCAGCCAUGUCCCCCUCCACCAACGGCCCCACCCUCAUCUGUCCUGUCGGCCUGGACAUCCUGGCCUCAGCUGGCCUGGGGCUGAGCAGUCUGGGCUUCCUAGGUGCAUCAGUGCCCCAUUCUCUCAGUAGCUCCCCAGCUCCAAACUCUGUUCUCAACAGUCUGAACUCUUCCAUGAGCCCUAUGCAGAACCCCAUCCCCAGCACCCCGUCUCCCUCCUCCUCACUGUGGCCUAGCUCUCUCACCAGCACCCAAGGCUUCUCGUCUCAGUUGAUGAUGCACCCUGUAGCCCAGGCCACUCUGAGCAGUAUCCUGCUCUCUGGGGUCCAGGGGUACACCCAGAACACCCCCCCCCCUCCCCCCGGGCUUGCCCCAAUCGACAAGCAGACCAACGGGGUCCCUGACUGCUCCAAAGGCCCCUGUACCAUCAAUGGACAUGUCAAGCAUCCUGGCUCAGUCUAUGGUAGGAUGUCCAGUGCGUCACUGGCAGACACGGUUCUGAACCCCAACCAGUGUGACUCGGUCCAGGAGGCCAGCGGACACAACCCGUCAGAACCCCGCUCCAGCAAGUCCAACCAAGACGAAGGCUCUGACACCUUUGUGGAAGUGGGCAUGCCCAGAAGCCCAUCUCACUCAGCAAAUGGAAACGAGCUGAAACAGAUGCUGGCUUCCUGUAAGACGUCAGGGAAACGGCAGGCGGUGGAGCUCCUCCAGGGGACCAAGAACUCCCAUCUCCAGUAUGUCUGUCCAGAGCUACACUCAGACUGCCUACUGUCAGACCCAGAGUCGAGUGCUUCAGACAGCCCAGUGACAGAUAAGAGGGCACCGGGCAGUGAGCGGGCAGCAGAGAGGGCAGCACAGCAGAAUGAGAGGGACAGGAUCCGCUUGGCACCACAUUCUUCCUUUGCUAACAUGCAGGGCCAACUAGAGGCGCUUGAAUAUGAACAGAAAAAGCUGUUAGCAACCAAGGCCAUGUUGAAGAAGCCUGUUGUGACUGAGGUGCGGACCCCCACUAACACGUGGAGUGGUCUGGGUUUCUCCAAGUCUAUGCCAGCAGAGACCAUCAAGGAGCUGCGCAGGGCCAACCACGUGCCCUACAAACCCACCAUGAGUACCACCUACGAGGUAAACUCCGACUAUGAGGGCUCCCCCCUGUCUCUUUCCCGCUCCGGCAGCAGAGAGGGGGUGGGCAACGGCAGUGACUCUGACAACUGGAGAGACAGGAAUGUGGGUGGGAACGGUCUUCCCAGCCACGCCGAAUUCCCAGUGUCUGUUUGCAGUCCCAAGAGGAAGCAGAACAAAUCCGCUGCAGAGCACUAUCUGAGCAGCAGUAACUACAUGGACUGUAUCUCCUCGAUCACCGGGAGCAACGGGUGCAGUCUUCAGUCCUCUCUGAAAGGGUCGGACCUGCCGGAGCUGUUCAGCAAGCUGGGCCUGGGGAAAUACACAGACGUGUUCCAACAGCAGGAGAUCGAUCUCCAGACCUUCCUCACUCUUACAGACCAGGACCUGAAAGAGCUGGGCAUCACCACAUUUGGUGCACGCAGGAAAAUGCUGCUUGCCAUCUCUGGUGUGAAUGACUACGAACUGAACAAGAACCGAAGGAAGCUGUUUGAGGCUCCUAUCAGAUCCUCCUUCCUGGAAGGGGGAGCCAGCGGUCGCCUGUCUCGUCAGUUCCACGCUGACAUGGCUAGUGUCAGCGGUCGGUGGUAGAGCUCCACUCCGCCAGGACCUAACACGACAGAGAACCAGCCUUCAGUGCCUCUCUUUGGGCUUCUGUAGGCCAGUCUCCAGCCUAUCUGGGUCUCAGUGGUCCACCCUCCAGCUUAUGCUGAACAAUGACUAUUCAACUCUUUUUUUUCUCUCUCUUUUUUUAAGGCCAUAACAAGAAGCCAUAGUUUAACCAGAAGUGCCAAAAAUAAGAAGAGCCAUCUGUGGUAUAGAAAGUCCAGUGUUCACUCCACAUAGUGGUUAGAUGUUUCUGUGGAGUAUCUAUGCAUGAAGGGUAUUUUACUAAUUAUGAAGGACAGGUACUGCCCAGUAGUUGUCAAUUUUUGUUAAAGGGAACAGGCCAAAUGAUUAGUACAAAAUAAUUACAUUGAUACUGCAUUUGUAGUAUGCUGUGUUAUCAAUGACAUGCACUUUAACAAUUUUGCCUGUGAAAGCCUGAUUUCUCAUAUUGGAAUACCUAUGCAUUUUGUAUUAACUCAAAGCACAGAUGUAUUUGUACCAAGCCAAAUGUAAGCACUUAGUGAGAUGGGGAAAUGAAGUCAAUAAAGUGACAUCAACAACUAAACGCAGAACCUAGUGGAUUGACCUUGGACCCCUCAGUGUUUUGAUUGAUUGACAUUCCACGAAGGCCAGUGUUGUAUCCACCAGCAGCUGCUGUAGUUGGGCUGCAGUCUGUAUGUCAUAUGUAUUUAGAAAAAUAUUAUUUUGUAUUAUUUUGUAUUCACAUAAUUUUAAUUUUCUUUCUGGGGUAAUAAUCAGUUUCAUGUAUUUUUUUAUGUUUUCAUUACUUUAUACAUUCACGAAUGAGUUCCUGUGGUUUCUAAUUAGUUCAUUAUUAGUCUCUUUGAUAAUUACCUUUACCCCAUAAUCUUUGGUGCCGUCAGGCUGUGUCAUGAGACUGCAGCAGAGAAAGAGAGCAGUCUGUCAAAACAGCAGGCCCCUCUCUCUGAUUCUGUUUGUUGGCCUCCUGUGGUUUUCUUAGUCAUUGUCAUUGUCUCCUGUAGUCAUGUCAAUGGUCUUUGUCAGUUAGUCUUUCUGUGUUGAAUCCUACUAUGUGUUCCUCUAUCUAUUCAGGAGACAUGUCAUUAUUCCAAGACUGUGUGCUUUUAUCUUUCCUUACACUUUAACCGCUUUUAGAGCUGCGGACAGAGAAGCAACCUACUACAGUGUAGAAUGCCUCCACACUACUACAGUGUAGAAUGCCUCCACACUACUACAGUGUAGAAUGCCUCCACACUACUACAGUGUAGAAUGCCUCCACACUACUACAGUGUAGAAUGCCUCCACACUACUACAGUGUAGAAGGCCUCCACACUACUACAGUGUAGAAGGCCUCCACACUACUACAGUGUAGAAUGCCUCCACACUACUACAGUGUAGAAUGCCUCCACACUACUACAGUGUAGAAUGCCUCCACACUACUACAGUGUAGAAUGCCUCCACACUACUACAGUGUAGAAUGCCUCCACUUCUCUCUCUAAGCUGCUCAGCAGGGAAUUGUUUCUAUUAGAAUAUAGCUAUUUGGACUGACACUACCUCUCACCUAGGAGGGAACUCACACCAUAGAUGUAAACUCAACUUUAUUUCAUAUGACAGCCCCUGCCUAGACACAUUUCUACAUUUACCAAGAUUGUGUCCUCAUAACAUGUAUUCUAGCUUAAAUUAAGAAUAGUGGAAAUAUCCAAUUUUCAGUAUCAGUUGUGCAAUCAGAUAUCUGGGAUUCUUGUAAAGCUAUAUUUGAUGAAGUAACAGGAUUAGGGGUGCAGUGGUGCUGCUUAUCAUCAAAGGACGAAGUCACUCUGAUCUCUGUAUUAUGUUCAUGUAAAACAGUAUUCUCAUACCCUUUUGUUAUGCUGUCUGACUCUGGAAUGUUUUUGCUGUAACUGUUUAAGAUUGAACCCCCAUAUUAAGCCUGGAAGUUGAUAGUCUUUGUGCAUUCUAUCAUAUAGACUGUUAGUUUGAAGUACUCAUCUUCAUUUGCAGAAUGUUUGUUGGUAGAUGGUACGGUAUUUGACGGACAAUGCAGUGAACUCUAUGUUGAGCCCAAAGUGAAAAACGAAAUCUUGAAGCUAAAUGACAGUAGGUACAGAAUGCUGAAGCAGAUAUAGAGAGAACAUUUCAAAGCAACUUACAUGCCAAAACUUUGUUUCCACACAACAGCAACAUCACUGACAGCAGAAGUCUUAGCAUCACCCAUUCUUUAAUCACGCACAGAGAGAAGUCACUUUCUCUUUUUGCAUGCUUUUUCUCAUGAAGAUCUGUUGUAUCUUGUGUUUACGCCAUACCACUUCUAACUGAUUUGAGCCAAUGUCACUAUCGUAUCAAUAAGAUAUCCUGACUUGGUUGUCAUUUCUGACCAGUAGUGUGUCAUUUUCUUUGAAAUCUUAAAAAGACAGGAAAUUAAAAGGGAUUUGUUCUACCAAAAAUAUGGGUUGUGUUCAACCCUUUAUCAUGGUACUAUAUUGAAGCUGUUCAGCAUUGAUUAUGUCAGUUCAGUUAUGUUGAGCCAUGGUAGCUACCCUGCAAACCAGACAAUAUUUUUUUUUGCUUCUGUAAAGUUACGCCUGCGGUCAUUUGUGUGCUUGGAGGGUAAUAGAGAUGUUGUCUGUCAAGUGAAUGUUGUUAGUGAGGAUUAUUGAUGCUUUUUUAUCUGGUUUAAUGAGUAAUUUGCAAUCAAAGUUUACCACCAGCUUCCUGUCCCUACACUUAUUAUGUCUUAAAUGUGUGUGUUUAGUUCUUGUUAUUCCCAAAGGGAUACAUUUGAAGGGUCUACCUUAUACUGAGUUAGAUGAAAUGGUACAACAUUUAUAAUGAAUGUAAACCACUAAGGAAUUUAUGUAUGUUUUGCAUCUCUUUUGUAUCCUGUGCAGCCAUGCUUGUUAGCAAUUUAUCUCCAGUUUUGUGUGAGAGAAAGGUACUGUUCCAAAAAAGGUUCUACAGAAGAAUUGAGGAACUUUGCCUAUAGCUCUUGUUGAUACGAUUGUUGAGAAGGACAUUGUUUUAGCUAUGUUGUUAUAUCUGUAAAUAUAGUACAGAUGUGUUUUGGAGGAGUUAUCAAAUGAGCAAAAAAGUUUGUUCAAAACAUUGAAGUGUUAUUACAAAGGUAAUAAAUGUAU